AUGAAUAUAUCGAACCCUUCGAUUUGCGAGUCUCAGUUGUGGGCGUGUGUUGAAUACCACAGCCGAAUGAGUGGGGCCCAAUAUUUGGCGUAUCCUCCCGUUGUUGCUGGCGGUCCUCGAGCCAAUACCAUCCACUACAUCAAUAAUAAUCAGUUGAUUAAUAACGGUGAAAUGGUGCUCAUGGAUGCUGAGUGUCAAUAUCAUGGGUAUACGAGUGAUAUGACAAGAUGUUGGCCUAUAAAUGGGAAAUUCACCAGCCAUCAAACCGAAGCAUACGAAGCGUUGCUUGGUGUGCAAUUAGAUUUGAUUCAAUUCUGCAAUGAGCGCCCUCCUUUAGAUAUUCUUUUUCAAAGAAUGUGUCGUCAGUUGGGGAAAAAUUUGCAACAAAUUGGAUUUGGAAGGGAUGCUAAAAGUUGCGUCGAACGUGCUCAGAUGGCGUAUCCAGUCUGCCCCCAUCACGUUUCCCAUUAUUUAGGAAUCGAUGUUCAUGAUACCGGCAAAAUUAAUAGAAAUAUUCCCUUAGAGACCGGCAUGGUAAUCACGAUCGAACCUGGACUGUACGUUGACCUGAAUCGCUCAAUAGCACCCAAAGAAUUUCACGAGUUGGGAUUGCGGAUUGAAGAUGACAUUUUAAUCACCGAAACUGGUGUCGAAGUUCUAACCCAAUCCUGUCCGAAAACAGUAGCCGAAAUUGAAAGUAUAAUGAGAUAAUAAAUUUCAAUUGCGAUUACUUUGUAAAAAAAAAUAAUA